ACCUGCGAGACGCGUAGCGGGCACAUUACUCGGAGAUGUUCGUUCUUUCAAUAAUCAAAGACACCGUUGCGGUCCACCCUUCUCAUUUCGGCCUUCCACCGCAACAAGCUAUCACAAAUGAACUGAACAAGAAGUAUGCGAAUCGUGUUCUGCACGAUGUCGGGUUAUGUGUCAGCGUGUUCGACCUGGCGGAGGUCGGCGAAGGAAAGGUGAGGUACGGCGAUGGUUUUCUGUGGUAUAAAGUUGUCUUUCGUCUUGUCGUCUUUCGGCCUUUCCCUUCGGAAGUCAUAUUAGCGAAAGUGAAAUCCUCCGAUGAGGACGGUAUCAGAUUGACUCUAGGCUUUUUUGACGAUGUAUAUAUCCCGCGAAUAUUCCUUCCUGAGCCGUCAGCCUUUGAUCCUAACGAGCGGGCAUACUUCUGGGUCGCAGAUCCCGACUCAGUCACCCCAGACCUCCUUGAUACGCCCCUCACGUCGCGAAUGUACAUUGAUUCUAGCGAGGUGGUCCGUGUACGGGUGGAAGCCGACGAAUUCUACGACGACGAGCCCGGUCCGCCGAAAGCGCAGGAGGGGGUUAUGGCCAACGGACAGACGUCGAAAGAGAGAGAGGGGCGAAGAGCGCCGUAUACGAUCACAUGCUCUAUUGCUGAGCAGGGUCUUGGCCCUGUGCCGUGGUGGAAGAAUGCAGGCAUGGAAGCGAUGGAUGAAGAAGGCUAGACGGUGUAUAUACUCUUCGUUGCCGACUUUGCUCUCAAUCGUAUGUAUGCCGACUGUCUGAUGCGCAUCUAUCUCGCGCGGAAGAGCGACUCAUGACUGCGAGUCAGCGCGCUACUAGAAACACCUCUUCAUUAUGCGAAUAUCGGCUGCGUGGUAGUGCCUGUAGGUAGGACAUCGC